AUGCAACGCAGCCGCCUCUCAUUUAUUCUGUUGGUAACGUUACUCGCAGCAGCGGUGGCAGCCCUGUUUGCUGGUAGCGGAACCGUCACGACGGUAGUGGCCUUGCCGACGCUGGCGCGCACCUAUGGUGAACAACUGCAGCCGCAGCAACAGCAGCAAGUCAUCAUUCAGCAGCAGCCGCAGCAACAGCAGCAGCAGCAGCAAAUCUUCACACAACAGCAGCAGUACCAGAACCAGAACAACCAGCAACAGCAGUGUGAUACGGUGGAAAUCUGCGGUGUGAACCUCAACCAGGAUCAGUGUCUUCAGUAUGGUUGCUGCUGGAACGGCUACACCUGCUUGUUGCCGACGCCAGCUCCGAGCUGCGAUGUGGCGCCUCAGAACCGCAGUGCUUGCGGUUGGCCUGGAAUAACCCCACAAGAGUGUACAUCGUACGGCUGCUGCUGGUUGCCGCCGCAAGCCGGCGAGUACGCGCCCUUCUGCUAUUACAAACCCGGACAGGAGCCCGUCUAUCAGCCGCAGUACCCGCAACCGAACUGUAACGUCACCAUUCAACUGCCCUGCGCAGCUCUGGGCAACAGGCAGCAAGUCACUGAAUCGGAAUGCGUUGCCCAUGGUUGCUGCUUCGACUCCAAUUACUAUUGGUCCUCGCAACUGCAACAGCAGCAUCAGAAUAACCAGAACGGUAUAUGCUACGAGCCGCUCGGAACGUGCUACGUGGAUGCGAAUGAGCGGCAGAACUGUGGCUUCCCGGGCAUCUCGUCGCACGAGUGCUUCCAACGCGGCUGCUGCUUCGAGCCAAUCUACCCGUACCAGGGUGCCGAUUCACAGGCCCUGAGCCAGAUCCCAUGGUGCUACUACAAGCAGCCGAUGCUCUCCUGCCCGAGCGCCAACCAGACUGUCUGUGGCCAGGAGUGCUGUGAUCCGACCCAGACGUGCGUGUUGUCAAUCCGCCAGGCUCAGCUGCAGGUACAACAGAACAAGAACAAGCAGUGGCAGAGCUGGGAAGCGACGCCGCUACCAACGACGCUUCCGAGCAACACGAACUGCGCCUGCCGUGCUGGCUACCAGAACUGCGGCAAGCUCUCGACCCCGCUCUGGUACGGCUUCGAGCGCCUGCUGUGCUGCCCGCCUGAGGCGACUUGUGGCACAGACACGUGCAUCUGCCCUGAAGGAACGACCUUUACCGAUGGAAUAUGUGCGUAG